AGUCCCAGUAAUGAAGAGGCCCAAGCGGAGAUGACCAACAUUCUGAAUAAUGAAGCUUGGUCGAACACCAGUAGCUGCUCAAACCAACUGUCCUGGAAACCACAGAGUGACCGUGAUGCUGUUUCAUCUUAUCUUCAUGUCAUUGGUUUGCUCGGGGCUGUCAUUGGAGAGCUAUGGAAGACACUUCAUCACGGCAUUCCCAGAAAACACUGCUUACUACCAUCCACAGGAGUCCUCCAACAUGCUCCAAAUUACUGCUUUCUACGACAACACCCUCGUCUCAAUCACCAUCAACUACACAAAUGUGUUUUAUGAUAAACUACAAUCUGGGCAGUCUAAGAUUGUGCAUUUUCCCAAGUACAUCGAGCAAUAUCAGUUCACAAACUCCCCUCUUUUUGUCAGAGUCAACAGCACCCAAAAGAUCGUGGUGCUUUGGCUCAGUCAGCUUGGGGACAGCUUGCAGUCUAAUGUUGUUCAACCUGUAAAAAAUCUCGGAAAGUGGUAUUCAAUCCCAUUUAUCAAUUACAAUCAGAUGAUGGCAUCCUUGUACAAUAUGUCAGAUCAGUUAGCUCCAGACAACUGGAGAUACAAUUCUUUCAGGCUGAUCAUUAUCAAUGCUGAGAACUCCAUUAACUUAAUCACCGUCCAAAGUAUCAGCCCGGAUGGUCCAAAAGCAUUUAAUAUUACGCUCAGGCCUUACGAACUUUACCAGUUCCAAACUAACGGUUCGGAGAUUCAAUUGGACUCUUUUGGCACUAUGGCUGUGCUGUUAACCCACCCGUGCGUAGAAACUACAGGAUGUGAUUGCAAUAUGGUGGUGAGCCACGUUCUCCCCCGAAAUCUGUGGGGUGACACGUUUGUUGUGCCGUCGGUGAAGAACCUGAAUACAGCUUGGCUGCAAGUGACUAACACAACGAAAGUGAGGCUCAAAGGCGUGAAUAUAAAAACUCAGCAGUCCAAUUCUUCAGAGCUAAUUCCCUUCCCGGAACUCAAGAGUGCGUCUCAGAUAAUCAGUGCAUCAAAUAUGGUGUCCAUCAGACUUAUUAGUCCAGGCUUCGUCUUAGAACUCAUUCCAGAAACCAUGUUCGCCGCUUGUUACCUGGUUCAGAUGAACUCGACAGAAGGUGAGGCCGUUAUCAUAGCUGAAACAUCCCGUAAGAACUAUGUGUAUAUAGAUGGCAAAUUACUUCAAUUCACUGACUGGAAACCCAUUCCCUAUUCAAACUACUCUUCGAUAUCUGUGUCGCUUAGUGGCACGCAUGUCAUCUGGCAUCCAACCUCCAAGAUCGGAGUGUACAUGUUUGAGAAGAUGGAGGGUGGAAUUCCUUACGGAAGCCCAGCUGUCAUUUUAAAUGAUGAACCAGAUCGUGAUGGCUGUGUGGCAGAUUCUGCAUAUUAUAAGACCACUACUGAUGUCAUGACAUGGCCCGAGUCCCAUCAUUACUGCUUAAAUAUAUCUUACCAGCUGAGCACACCAAGCAGCGAAACGGCCCAAAAAGAGAUGACCAACUUUCUGCAAAACAGCAGAGGCCCCGGGUAUCUCUGGAUCGGUCUGCGGCGCAGUCUGUUCACGUCAGAGUGGUACUGGCAGAAAGGCAAUGACAGCGAAUCCAGCGUGAGCUUCACGAAGUGGGCCGAUGGGCAUCCAGAUAUGCCCUGGAAAGCUUUGUGCGCUGCUGUGUCCCAAGACACCAACAAGGAGUUUUCCUGGAAGAGUGUGUCCUGUUGCUCUAAGCUUGGGCCCAUCUGCUACAAACAGGCCAAAUACUUCAGUGAUAUGACCUUUAAUACACUAUAUGAUCAUUUUAGAAUUACUUACCCAAAGGUCUGUCCUUCAUGUCCAAAUUCUUGA